AAUAAAAUAAAAUUUCUCUUUUUACAGACAAGCCUAAAAACCAAUGCAGUAGUGAAACUACUAGGCAACAAAGAAGACAAGGGAUCAACUUAAACGAAGAUUGUGGACUGGAUCUAGUGUUUCUUUUUGAUGCUUCCGUCAGUGUGAACAAAUUCUAUUUUCAGAGAAGUUUGGAGUUUGCGAAAGAACUUCUUACAAUCAUCGGGUUAACUAAAAGGGCGGCCAGAACACAAGUAGCAGCUGUGACUGAAGCUAAGUUGGAAUUCAACUUAGGAGACAGUAAAGCGGAUACUAUCGAGAAAGCUAUCAAUGCUAUUGACAAUAUAAUGUUCGUGGGCUGGGUUUCUUCGUACAUUCGUCCUUUUAAACUUGUCAGGAAUAAAGUGGCACCCAAUUCUCGUUAUGAUAGCCAUCGGGUGAUGAUGCUUAUCACAGACGGAUUGGACCUCAGUGGAUCCGUACGAAGAGAAGCAAUGUAUCUUCGCGAUAAUAAACACUUUGAAGUUUACGCGAUUGGUAUUGGAAGAAAAGUAAAUACACGUGCACUAAUGAGCAUAGCUUCGGCUAAUCAAGACCAUAAUCACGUGAUCUCUGUUAGAAAGUACAGAAAUCUCCAAGAGGCCGUUCGGAGAGUAGUACAGAUAUAUAUUGAUUAUUCUCCUUGUGGCGUGAGUCCAGUAGAAUUUAGGGGUCGAAUGGUUGGAGGUAAAAACUCUAAAAGAGGAUGGUGGCCCUGGCAGAUUGGACUGUACAAAAAUAACGAUGAAGGAGUUCAUCUUAUUUGUGGUGGUGCUCUGAUAUCUCGACGCUGGAUUCUGACUGCAGCUAGUUGUUUUUACCACUUUGAUCCGAGAUUUGGGAGCUAUCGAUUCCGGAGUAACACUUUAGAAUACCUGGUUAAGGCCGGCGACCACAACGUAAAAAGGGAUGAGAAAUCUCAACAGGACAUUCAUCCGGAGAGUUUCUUUGUUCAUGAAGAUUACGUGGUUCAUAAUUUCAUGAAUGACAUUGCUCUUAUCAAACUCAGAGAGAAAGUGAAACUCGGCCCUUUCGUGCGAACUUUGUGUCUUCCAGAAAAGGAUGAAGGCGAUUUGGCAAUCCCCACGAAAUACGGUUUUGCAACUGGUAUUCUUAUUAUUUCAGUUCGGAGCCAGUGUGGUGGAGAUCUAACAACUGAAUCUGGAGUAAUCACAAGCCCGAGAUUUCCCUCCAGCUACCCUGAUGAUGCCAACUGUGAAUGGAAGAUUGCCGUCGACGAUGGCUCUCGCAUAACACUGACAUCUGUUAUGUUUGAGGUACGAAGGUUGAACAACUCACAAUACACUUACAGCCAGCUAAUGAACGAGAAGAAAGACGUGCCUGGGAGCAUGAACAAGGUUUCAGCUCCCCUGAAAGACCCAAUCCAGUGCACCUCUGAGGACGAGUUCCCUGGAGAGAUCGUCACUGGCAGGAACAAGACUUGCCUACGAGGUGAAGUGAAUAUAAAACUGAAGGUUAACGUGGAAGUGGUAGCUGUCCGUGAAGAGAAGUAA